AUGAGUACCCCUUGCGGAGAGAGGCCCUUAGAGGCAGCCAUCCCGGCCAUGAGUCUGUGGGAGCCUGAGGAUGGACACAGCUGGCAGGUCACCCCGGGGCUAGCGCAAGAGCCUGUCUCUGUGGAGGCUUCCACUACAGAGCUACAGAUGAAGGUGGACUUCUUCCGGAAACUGGGCUACUCGCCCACUGAGAUCCACAGUGUCCUGCAGAAGCUGGGCGUUCAGGCAGACACCAAUACAGUGCUGGGAGAGCUGGUGAAACAUGGCUCAGCAGCCGAACGGGAACUCCAGGCCUCACCGGACCCCUGCCCUCAGCUGCCUCUGGUGCCCCGGGGCGGAGGCACCCCCAAGAUUCCCACUGUGGAGUCUUCACCCCCAGAGGACGACAAAGAUAGCGGUGACCUGAGACCUGUGGUCAUCGACGGGAGCAAUGUGGCCAUGAGCCACGGGAACAAGGAGGUGUUCUCCUGUCGGGGCAUCCUGCUGGCUGUGAACUGGUUUCUGGAGCGGGGCCAUACUGACAUCACGGUGUUUGUGCCAUCCUGGAGGAAGGAGCAACCCCGGCCUGAUGUGCCCAUCACUGACCAGUACAUCCUACGGGAACUGGAGAAGAAGAAGAUCCUGGUGUUUACCCCGUCACGGCGCGUGGGCGGCAAGCGGGUGGUGUGCUACGAUGACCGCUUCAUUGUGAAGCUGGCCUAUGAGUCCGACGGAGUCGUGGUGUCCAACGACACGUACCGGGACCUUCAGAGUGAGCGGCAGGAGUGGAGGCGCUUCAUCGAGGAACGGCUGCUCAUGUACUCCUUCGUCAACGACAAAUUUAUGCCCCCCGAUGAUCCCCUGGGUCGGCAUGGGCCCAGCCUGGACAACUUCCUCCGUAAGAAGCCACUCUUCUCAGAACAGAAGAAGCAGCCAUGCCCCUAUGGGAGGAAAUGCACCUAUGGCAUCAAGUGCCGAUUCUUCCACCCCGAGCGGCCAAGCUGUCCCCGGCGCUCCGUGGCUGAUGAGCUGCGUGCCAAUGCCCGCUUCUCACCUCCCAGGGCUCAAGGCAAGGACAAGAGUAGCCGGCGUCCCUCGCCUUCACCUCAGCCCAGCUCACUGCCCACAGAGAGUGAGCAGUGCAGCCCGGACAGGAAGAAGCUGGGAACCCGUCGGGAGGGUCUGACGCAGACCUUUGGCCCAGCGGGCAGGAGCCUCCCGCCUAGCGGAGGCAGUGGAGGCAGCUUCGGGCCCACAGACUGGUUCCCCCAGACCCUGGACUCACUUCCGUGUACCUCCCAGGACUACCUGGACUCGGGCAUCGGCUCCCUGGAGAGCCAGAUGUCAGAACUGUGGGGUAUUCGUGGAGGAGGCCCUGGGGAGCCAGUGGCACCUCGGCACACAUACACUGGCUAUAGCCAAUACGGAUCGGAACUCCCGGCGACUCCGGCCUUCCCUGCCUUUGGACAGGCUGUGGGUGCUGGCCACUUCAGUGUGCCUGAGUAUGUACCCCCGCCACCCACCUACCCACCUCGAGAGUACUGGUCUGAACCAUACCCGCUGCCCCCACCAGCCCCAGUCCUACAGGAGCCCCAGGUGCAGGGCCCCCGGAUGGACAGGAAUCCAUGGGGUGGGGCAGGCAGCCUCGCCAAGGAGCGGGCCAGUGUGUACACCAAGCUCUGUGGUGUCUUUCCCCCACACCUGGUGGAGGCAGUGAUGGGGCGCUUCCCACAGCUCCUGGACCCCCAGCAGUUGGCGGCCAAGAUCCUCUCCUACAAAUCCCAAAACCUCAAUGGGUAA